CUCGCGCUCCCAGCUUAAAUGAGCUUGGGCUGCCCGCGCCCGCCACUUCGGAGGGGCUAGCGCCGGGGCCGCAGGAGGAGCGGCCCGUGCGGGUGUCGUCCCUCGCGCCACCGCGCCUCGGCUCCGGGGCAGUAGAUGGGACAGAGCACCACGGAGCAGGAGGCGGCGCCCGUCGGGGGACUCGGGCAGCGCGGGAGCCCGCCGGGGGGCUCGGGCAUGGCGGGCUGCAGGACCUGAGCCCUGCCCCGCGGGGAGGCAGCCUGGUGGCCGGCGAUGGGGGCCGAGCGGGACUGCCUCCGCGCCGGGCCGUGAGCACCGCGCCGCCGCCGCCUCCUCCUCGCCGCCGCCUCGGCCCCUCGCGAAGCGACGGGCCGCUCGGGAACAUGGCCCUGGAGCAGCUCUGCGCGGUCCUCAAAGUGUUAUUAAUAACAAUACUUGUAGUCGAAGGGAUUGCUGUGGCCCAAAAGACCCAAGAUGGACAAAAUAUUGGAAUCAAGCAUAUUCCUGCAACCCAGUGUGGCAUUUGGGUUCGAACCAGCAAUGGAGGUCAUUUUGCUUCACCAAAUUAUCCUGACUCCUAUCCACCAAACAAGGAGUGUAUCUACGUUUUGGAAGCUGCUCCACGUCAAAGAAUAGAGCUGACCUUUGAUGAACAUUAUUAUAUAGAACCAUCAUUUGAAUGUCGGUUUGACCACUUGGAGGUUCGAGAUGGGCCAUUUGGUUUCUCUCCACUUAUAGAUCGUUAUUGUGGUGUGAAAAGCCCUCCACUAAUUAGAUCAACAGGGAGAUUCAUGUGGAUUAAGUUUAGUUCUGAUGAAGAACUUGAAGGACUGGGAUUUCGAGCAAAAUAUUCAUUUAUUCCAGAUCCAGACUUUACUUACCUAGGAGGUAUUUUAAAUCCCAUCCCAGAUUGCCAGUUUGAGCUCUCGGGAGCUGAUGGAAUAGUGCGUUCUAGUCAGGUAGAACAAGAAGAAAAAACAAAACCUGGCCAAGCAGUUGAUUGCAUAUGGACAAUUAAGGCUACUCCAAAAGCCAAGAUUUAUUUGAGGUUCCUAGAUUAUCAAAUGGAGCACUCAAAUGAAUGCAAGAGAAACUUCGUUGCAGUUUAUGAUGGAAGCAGUUCUAUUGAAAAUCUGAAGGCCAAGUUUUGCAGCACUGUGGCCAAUGAUGUGAUGCUGAAAACAGGAGUUGGAGUGAUCCGAAUGUGGGCAGAUGAAGGUAGUCGGCUAAGCAGAUUCAGAAUGCUCUUUACUUCCUUUGUGGAGCCUCCCUGCACAGGUGGCACUUUCUUCUGCCACAGCAACAUGUGCAUCAACAGUUCUUUAGUGUGUAACGGUGUUCAGAACUGUGCAUACCCUUGGGAUGAAAAUCACUGUAAAGAAAAGAAAAAAGCAGGACUAUUUGAACAAGUCACUAAAACCCAUGGAACAAUUAUUGGCAUCACCUCAGGGAUUGUCUUGGUCCUUCUCAUUAUUUCUAUUUUAGUACAAGUGAAACAGCCUCGAAAAAAGGUCAUGGCUUGCAAAACUGCGUUUAACAAAACUGGAUUUCAGGAAGUGUUUGAUCCUCCUCAUUAUGAACUGUUUUCCCUACGGGACAAAGAGAUUUCUGCAGACCUAGCCGACUUGUCAGAAGAACUGGACAACUACCAGAAGAUGCGGCACUCCUCCACUGCCUCCCGGUGCAUUCAUGACCAUCACUGUGGGUCACAAGCACCCAGUGUCAAACAGAGCAGGACCAACCUGAGUUCCAUGGAACUGCCUUUCCGAAAUGAUUUUGCACAACCACAGCCAAUGAAAACAUUUAACAGCACUUUUAAAAAGAGUAGCUACACUUUCAAACAGGCACAUGAGUGCCCUGAACAGGCCCUAGAAGACAGAGUAAUGGAGGAGAUUCCUUGUGAAAUUUAUGUCAGAGGGCGAGAAGAUUCUGCACAAGCAUCCAUAUCCAUCGAUUUUUAAUCUUCUACUAAGGGGAUAUUAAUUAUUAAGUGUGUAUGUAUGCAGCCUACAGAGCACCCAUACUCUUCAGCAGCCAGCCCUUUUCUCCUAUCAAAACUAGCAAGACCUUCAUUCCCACUAACCUACUGUAACAGUGAAGUGUGUUAAACCAACCAAGGGACCUCCUCCGGUCCAUGAACAAAAUAACUCACUAUUGCUUGGUGUCAUAUACACAAAGUACCAGCGAAAUAGCAUUUGAAGAGGGGGGCGUGGUGCUGAGCCAGGCUCAGGCUGCCUGUUAGGCUUAGCAACAGGAAUACUGCUCUGGAUUGGUACAGCUUGUCAACAUUCUGAUCCCACAAUAAGUUUAAAAAUAAGAUUUGUCUCUACAUUCCUUUUGUUUUUUUUUCCCCUCUAAAUUUAAUUUGUUUUAUAAGUCCGUGAUUUUACCAUUUUGGUUUCUUACAUAAACAUAAAUGGUUAAUGAACCACACAUAUUUCAAUACAGGCAUUUGUUCUAGAAUUUGUCAAAAUAUAACUCGUUACUGUGCUAAGUGCCAGUGAAGACCCAGAGUUCUGUUUCGCCCAUCUGUUUCUUCCUGACUAAUUUCUAUAUUGCUGCCUUUUAAUUACUGGAUCCUUAGUCUUUAUUUUUUGUGAAUAGUAGAUGAUAUGAUUUAUCACCUUUAAGUCAUAUUUUGUCUUAUACUAGAAGAUUUCAUAAUCCUCGGAUGUACGCACCCUUCCCAGUUAUGACUAAAAACUUGAAAAAGAUUAAAACUUCUGGAAACCCUUUCAAAUUUCCCAAAUUUGGUCACAUGCGGUGGUGGCCCAUUCAUUCCUGUGUGCAAAGUCGUUUCAUUCAUCUUGGGGGAGGCUGGUAAUUAUGUUUCUUUGCAGCGUUUCUCAUCACCAGAUUUGUGUUUCCUGUUAUUUUUAUAAGAUGAUUUUCCUCCCUUUGUAUUGGUUUAUGUUAUGGCAUAUGGUAGCGAAGGUUGUAUGAGAGUUAAAGGAAAAUUCCUAAGAAACUGUAAGAGCCCUCAGAUUGCUUCUUACUUGGGACAAUACAUUUUUCUAGUUCUUACCAAGAAUAACAACUUCCACUUUUUUUUAAACUGCACUUUUGACCUUAUUUUUUUUUAUGGUAUAUAAACAAUAAUUUAUAAACAUGAUAUAAAAACUCAUUGUGUUUUUUUAGACUUUUGAUAUUAUUUGAUACUGUACAAACUUUAUUAAAUCAAGAUUAAAGACCUACAUGAGCGAUUUCUUUCAGUGUUCACAUUAGUGGCUUUAUGUACAAAUACGCUGUGAUGGAACGAAACGUUAUAACUUACUGUAAAGACCUUGGUAAUGUGUACGUAAGUGUUUGUUUCCUUUUGUUAUUGCAUUUAGUUUAUGAUGAAAUUUUCACUGUGUUAUUGUUCUGAAUCACUACCACAAAUCUUACAUUAAAAUUAAAUGCAUUGUUACAUGAUUCUUCAACCAUGUUAUUGCCCUGAGAUUUUGGAUCUUAAGGUAUAUAUGGAAAGGAAUCCAUUUAUCAAAUUAUAACUAACACAGACAUGCCAUUUUAAAGAAAGAAAUUCUCAUUUUGAUAUUUUUUGUAGCAAAUUCUCAAUGAAAUGAGAAAUUAAAGUUUCACUGAAUUUCAUUGGUUUUUUAAGAUAUCACACGUAUGGGUUUUCUCAGAUUAGUGAAAACUGGGACCUUUAAAUAUGAUACAUAUAAAAUACCCCUUCAAAAUAUUUCUUGUAUCACAUUUUUUUAUUUUUUAAAAGUAUAUAAUAUCCAGGAGACAGGAAAACCUAUAGAUAGUAUAUUCAUGAUUUAACAUUUUUUAAAGUCAGCCUAAUUUCCUCUUUUAAAGAUAAAAUUUGGGAAAGUAGAAAGACUUAAUGAAUGUAGUAUUCAUUGAACUAAUGAGCCAGAGCCAGAUUAGAUAGAAAUUCUUUUAGUAGCUAUGUUGAAUAGACAUUCUAGUAGUUAGUAGCCAGCCAACAUUUGAACAGCAUAGUAAAUAUUUAAUACAACUGUGAUCUCAUUCUUCAUGAUCAUGAAGGAAAACUAGCAAUUUUCUAUGUAAAAUUAUAUCCAUUAUAAAAACAGCUGUUAAGUCCAUCUUUAACACCUACAUUAUAGUAGAAACUAAUACAAUAUGCUUAACUACAUUAAAUAUAGUCACUUGUAACUAUAUUUCUGAAAGUUGUAUCCUAUUUUCUUUUAAAAGGACAUGAAGAGGCCUACAAAAUAGAGCCUUUAAAGAAGACAUUUAGGGCACCUGGGUGGCUCAGUUGGUUAAGCAACUGCCUUCGGCUCAGGUCAUGAUCCUGGAGUCCCAGGAUUGAGUCCUGCAUCAGGCUCCCUGCUCAGCAGGGAGUCUGCUUCUCCCUCUCCCCCUCCCCCCCUCUCAUGUGCUCUUUCUCACUCAAAUAAAUAAAUAAAAUCUUUAAAAAAAAUAAAAAAUAAGACAUUUAACAAAACAGCACAGAACUACAUAGCUUCAGGCAACCCCACUUAGCAAGUAGAGCUUGGACAACAAUUUUGGUUCUAAACUUUCUGGCUGCUAAAACAAAUGAAAUCGUUUUUGUUUUUCACAGUAGAGAACCCAAACAGCAGAGGCUAGUUUUCUCUUCAACUAAAGAAAGAGGAUCUGUGUAUAGAACAACAUUUCCUCAGAAUUUAAAUAAGAUGCGGAAUGCAGAGAGAAGUCAGAAUGGUAAAUCUUUAGUGAAGGCACAUCUUAAUACAGUCUAGGAUCAUCGGUUUUUGAUCAGUCUGUCUGCAGGGGUAGAACUGAAGAGCCAGAUGAUCAAUAUUAGCUAAGCCAGCCUUAAACUGCCAUAUCUUGUAUGCCUUCAUCGAAGUAUAGAUGGCUAUUAGGCCUUGUUUAAACAUUUUUUUAGUCAAACAUUUAUUUGGCAGUACACUAUAGGUAGAGAAUGGAACUAUUUUUUAGGCAUUAUUACCAGCAUAACACUAAUUGCUGUAUUAUAUAGUCUUUCAUCUUUGAGGUUAGUAAGAAAACGUCACAAAUUGUUUACUAAAGUAAAAGCCAUAAAUUUUAGUAACGGAAGAUGAACUUUAGCCAUCUUGUGGAAGUUAUUACACCCUUCACAGAAAAUACAGAAGCCAGUUGUUAAACAUACAGUGUAAAAUGCAAAGCUGGAGGAGAGAGUAUCUUCAAUUCAGGAGCGGCACGAAGGACACCUCUACAAUGUUGUUACCUUUCACCUGAGAACCUGAGUUUAGCACAAGAUAUCAACACUCAAGUGCCCACAAAUUGCGGGAAAUCUAUGAAUCCUAACAUCUAAAGUACUUACGGAUAAAAUGUGAUGUACCUUUUGUGGAGGGAAAUGUUCAACCUAAAGGUUUAACAAAAAGCAAAAGAUUUUCUACCUUUCACAUCACAAAAGAGAUUAAAAAGGUUCCUUUGACUUGUUAACAGCUUUUGUGUCUGUCUUUGUCAUGUUUCAUGUAAUUAUUAAGCAUUAAAAGAACCUCCUAAAUGCUUCUAAAUAUUUUUAUAGUUCUGCUGUUGUCUGAUGAGCAAGAUGCUUUCUGGUUUCAGAAGUGUGUCAGGUGAUGAGACAGGACAGGAAAAAAGCCUAGUUGUGAUUCCAGGAGUGAUUCUCAAAGGGGAUUAUGCCCUCUUACAAAAUGGCAUCUGCUAAGUUGUUCAUGAAGGGACCUUGAGUUUUGGGUUUUUUUUUUUUUAAGAUGAUCUGUUCAACUUCAUUAAUGAGAAUUCUGAGGCCCAGAGAAGAGGAGUGAGUACCCACAUCUCAGAACUAGUCCCAUGUUUUUGCCUUGCCUUUGCUGUUUUUCCCCUGCUUUAGCUAGCUGGAAGUUUUAAAGGUCAAGUAGUUCUAAACAGCAGCCCAGAUGUUCCAUGUAAACUUGUCAGUCAUUCUGAUUUAAAAAUGUAACUUAUUCUAUAAUAAUUUUUUUCAAAGCAUUUUACUUUUUUUAAUCUAUGUAACACUAUUCUAUAAUUUUGUUGCCAUGACUUCUUGGCAUCUGCAAACCGCAAGACAAUUACUGUGAAUUCUUAAUAAAUAAUGUUAACAAUUUAUAGGUUUGGCAUUAGAUAAAAAGAGCUUCAGUGUUUUGCAUUUGUGAUCUUUCUUAAAUCUAAAGGAAACAAUGUAUACUCUAGAAAUUAAAGAUUUGUGUGAUGUAUCUCUUGAGUUUGGAGAAUGAUUUGAGUUCUGAGCCAUGAUGACAAGUUGACCUCAGAUGUCUUUUUUAGGUCCCUGCAAAAUCAGUUUUCCAUGUUUUAUGUACCUCAGCAAAUUAAAAUUCUGAAUUUGCUUUUUUUUAUCACUUUUUCAUAUAUGUCUGUGAUUUUUAGUCACUUUUUCAUAUAUUUCUGUGAUUGGUUUAAUGACUACAAAAGCCCAAGAAGCUAUGACUGGGGUACAUAUUUAGUAUGUACUGUCAUUUUUUUUUUCAAGAUUUUAUUUAUUUGACAAAGAGAGACAAACCGAGAGAGGGAAUACA